AUGUCGCCAGAUCCUUCAAUAGACGCCGAAGAUGAGCCUUAUGCCUCCGAGGAGGACUCCGACUUUGCGCCGGAUGAGGCACAGGGUCCUGCCUCGGAGAACUCGGGCAGCGACGACGACACCCCCAACGAGAAAGCCAAGAAACGGAGCGCGGACAGUGGCGGCGAUGAUGGGUACGACAACUCUGGCGACGAGGCCAUCAUAUCGAAAGGCCGCAAACGCCAAAGGCGAGCAAAGAACAAGGGCGAGGCCUCAGACGACGAAGCGGGCGGCGAGGGAGGUCUUGUCAAGACCAGACGGCAGCGCGCCGAGGAGAAAGAAGAACGCAAGUACGCAGCGGCCCAAGGGCCUGUCACUAUUGAUGUCGAUGCCGUGUGGCAACAGAUGAUGUCGGGCAAAGCCGUCCAACCAGCCACCACGACGACCGGCGAGCCCGACGAUUCGAAAGUGGACUCCCACGGGGCUGCUGGCGAUAUCCAAGAUACUCAGCGCGAUGGAGAUUCAUCAGAUACGAUACGAAUAAAGCGUACAUACAACUUCGCUGGGCGCGUCCACACGGAAGAAAAGGUUGUCGCCCGUGACUCCGCCGAAGCGAAGCUCUACCUCGCCUCCCAAGGCCAAGACGCCGCCCCGCUCGAUGUUUCGCCCACCAAGCGCGCGACGAAGAAGGCCUUUCGUUCAGCGUUUGAGCCUAUUGUCGACGCUGGUCCGGGACGCACCGAUCUAAACCUCGGAGUGACAGCCAGACUCCAGGCUGCCAAGGAGGCUCAGGCGAAGAAGCUCAACACGGUGGAGAAAAGUCGCAUGGACUGGGCAGGUUUCGUCGACAAGGAGGGCAUACAGGACGAGCUCGAGUUGGCAAGCAAGUCGAAGGGCUCGUAUGGCGCGCGGGAGGCGUUUCUGGCGCGGAGCGAGGCGAUCAGAGAGGACGAGGCGAGAAGGGCAAGGAUGGCCGCGAGGGCAUGA